GAUAUGCCGCCCUUGACGCGCUACGGUCACACUGCACAAACGUGUCAAAAAGACGGGUUGUAAAUACGCACGGGUUUUUUAAAUUUGCGGUUUAUUUGUGAAAUAAGUAGAGCAAACGCCCACAAUAUCGCAUUGCCAGCCACAUCAGCUGGGCAAAAGGCAACAGGAGUGCGAGGGGUGAAAAUUAAAUAAAAAAAAGGAAAAUAGCAGACGGAGCCAAAAGCAACGUUUGUAAAUAACUAGAGUGCCGCCUGUGUAGAAAAAACAACAAUAAUGGCGGGGCAAAAAUUUCAAUAUGAUGAAAGUGGCGGAACUUUUUAUUAUUUUGUGUUAUCGUUCUUGGCAUUAGUUUUGAUACCAACGACGAUUUACUAUUGGCCACGUAAAAAGAAAGAAGAUUCCAGUAAAUUAAAAGAGGAAUGUCAGUGCGAGCAGUGCUUGAAGAAAAAAAUUAUUUUGGCCAAUGCAGAACCUUAUCGUGCGCUCAGGUCCUUUGCCAUCAAGGUAACCAUUGUGCUAGGAUGGGCUUUGCUGCUCUUCCUUACCUAUCGCGUCUCACAGUUUGACUACGAGAUGGCUAGCUUUGAUCCCUUUGAGAUACUUAGUGUACCGCCCACAGCUACACAGGCGGAGAUUAAAAAGGCCUAUUACAAGCUAUCCAAAAUCCUGCAUCCUGACAAGGAGACAGGUGAUGAAAAAAGCUUUAUGAUGCUAAGCAAAGCGUAUCAAGCGCUUACCGACGAUGUCGCCAAGGAGAACUAUGAAAAGUACGGCAAUCCCGACGGUCCAGGUGCCAUGAGCUUUGGCAUUGCGUUGCCCUCCUGGAUUGUGGAGAAGGAGAAUAGCGUUUGGGUGUUGGGUCUCUAUGGUCUAGUCUUCAUGAUAGCCAUGCCCUCCGCUGUGGGCGUCUGGUGGUAUCGCUCGAUACGCUUCAGUGGCGAUAAAGUCUUGCUGGAUACAACACAAAUGUAUUUUUAUUUUAUACACAAAACACCCCAUAUGCUGCUCAAGCGUGCCUUGAUGGUGCUGGCAGCCAGCUUGGAAUUUGACAAGCGUCACAAUUCGCAGGUGAUUGAACGACAAUCGGAUAAUGAUGAAGUGCCGGCGCUCAUACGUCAGCUGCCUAAUCUCAACGAGAAAUGCAAGGAGCAUCCGCUUUGUCGCAUGUAUUCCAUCAAGACACGUGCCGUACUCCAUGCUCAUCUCACACGCAUUCCACUUAAUCCAGACACUCUAGAGCGCGAUCGUCAGUUUAUUGCCAAGAAGUGUCCCUAUUUGGUGCAGGAAAUGGUUAGCUGUGUGCAUCAGCUGGUUAUGAUGGCCUAUGCGCGUCGAGUGCCACGUCUACCCAGCAUUGAAACCAUUGAGAAUUGCAUGAAAAUGUCGCCCAUGAUUAUACAAGCCUUGUGGGAAUUUAAAUCGCCGCUGCUGCAGUUGCCGCAUCUUACCGAAGAUCAUUUGUAUUUUAUGAACAAGAAACGUCAUGUCAAGAAUCUGCAGCAGUUUGCCCAGCUCAAGCCGGAGGAGAGUCGUCAGCUGCUUAAGAAUCUCACCGAUCUUGAGUAUGAGAACAUUAUGCGUGUGCUUGGCAAGAUGCCGUUGAUCGAUUUCUCCAUACGCUGUGAGGUUAUUGAUGAUGAGAACACCAAUGUGGUGACCGCAGGCGCCAUUGUAACCGUUACUGUUACCUUGGAACGUAAGGAUAUGAGAAGCUUGUUUGGCGAUAGCAAGGCGCCCGAGAAGCAGGGCAUCAAGGAGGAGGGUGCCCAAGAAGAGGGCGCGGGUGAUGAUGAGGAAGCUGCUGCAGCUGCUGCGGUGCCCGUUAAGAAAGCCUCCGCCUGGGCCAAGCCCCGCAAAGGCGGCAAAGGCAAGGGAGGCAAGAAGCCCGCCAAUCAGCAAAAGAAGAAGCCACCUGUUAAGCCAGCAACAGCUACUGCUGCUGCAGCUCCGCCAGCCAACACAGCGGAUGAACAAACAGCUGGCAACUCUGAGGCGGAAUCUGAUGCUGGCGAGCAUAGCGAUGUGGAGUCUGUAGCCGGCUCUGGAAGCGAAGAUGAAGAUAAGCAAAAGAACAAUUCCUCGCUGGAUGAUGAUGAUGAUGAGGAAUGGGAGCGCCUGCAGGCGAAACUGAACAAACGUGAACGUCUCGAGGGCAAGUCACGUGUCUCGCACUCUGUGCACUGUCCCUAUUUCCCCGAGGAGAAGCAAGAGUACUGGUGGACUUAUAUCUGCGACCGCAAGUCCCGCACGCUGCUCACAGCGCCCUACCAUGUGACAAAUCUGGUAGAGAAGGAGGAGAUCCAACUGAAGUUUACAGCUCCGCGUUGGCCAGGUGUUUACACCUUUACGGUGUGCCUGAGAUCAGAUUCCUAUCUUGGCAUGGAUCAGCAGCAAGAGCUUAAAUUGGAUGUGCAAAAGGCGCCCGCACCACCAACAGAUCAUCCACAAUGGGAUCUCAGCGAAUCGGAGCCAGAGCACAACGAUCAGCAGGAGAAUCUUAGCGAUUAUACAACGGACACAUCUGAUGAGGAGGACAGCAAUUAGUUAUCAUUUCGUUGAGAGAGAGAUUCUCAUGACACACACAUACACAUCCUACCAAGCCCCCCGCCACAACAAACAAUCUGCUGCUCCUUCCCAUUAUACAAUUCCUACUUUUGAAACCUUAAACGUAAUUUGAUUUUCUCAGCUUUUGUUAGUUAAAUAAUAUUUUUGAUAUUGCGUUUGUGCAUUUUAGUUUCUUCACUUUGUUUUAACUAGUUUUUGUAACGGAACUUUGGGGUAUCUAAAAGGCAAGCCCGUUUAGUGCGUAAAUAAAUAAGUGACAAAAUAAACAAACAACAUUUUCAAUUAAAUGUCUGUACUAA